CCGUUCGAAACUUCCCCAAAACCCCUCCCCGACCCUUCCCGCCGCCGCCGCCACAUCCUCCCGCCGACACCGCCGCCAUGGACGCCGCCGGCGCCUCCGACCCCUCGCGCCAGGUGCGCGUGCGCUUCGUCACCAAGCUCCCGCCGCCGCUGCGCGCGCCGCACACCUCCAUCGCCGUGCCCGCCGACCUCACCCGCAUGGGCCUCUCCGAGAUUGUCAACAGCCUCCUCCUCGCCGCCUCUGCGGGCCACCAGACGCAGCCCUUCGACUUCCUCGUGGACGGGGAGCUCGUGCGGCUGCCGCUUCAGGAGUUCCUCCUCGCCAAGGGCAUCUCAGCGGAGAGGGUGCUUGAGCUCGAAUAUGUGAAAGCCGUGGCGCCGAGGAAGCAAGAGGAUCCAUGCCCGCAUGAUGAUUGGGUUAGCGCAGUUGAUGGAUCGAACCCAAGUUUUGUUUUAACAGGUUGCUACGAUGGUCUUGCAAGAAUAUGGAAAGAUGCAGCUGAAUGUACACAUAUUUUGGAGGGACAUAGUGAUGGAAUCACUUCUGCUAGCUUCAUUAAGAAAGGUGAAACUGAAGACAGGCUGCAUGUAGUCACUGCAUCGAAGGACAGGUCAUUGCGCUUAUUCAAGGUAAACAUAUUUGACGCAUCAGUCACUAUCCCAAAGCAAACUGGGGCCUACAAAAUUCUUCGUGGCCACACAUCAUCUGUUCAGAGUAUUGCAGUAAACCCUUCCGCAGACAUGAUAUGUUCUGGUUCCUGGGAUAACUCCAUUAAGCUAUGGUCAAUCAAAGGGUCUGAAGAAGAUGGUGGCACCAUCUCAGUGAAGAAGAGAAGGACAAAUUCUGAUUCAUCUGAACCUGAAGAGUCUCAGUUUGAGGGUUCAGCCACUUCAACAUUUCUGGGACAUACACAGUGUGUUUCUGCUGUUGCCUGGCCUGAGCAACAAACAAUAUAUUCAGCAUCUUGGGACCAUUCUGUUAGGCAGUGGGAUGUCCAAACUGGGAAAGAAACAUGGAAUAUGGUUUGUGGGAGGGCCCUGAAUUGCUUUCAUUGUGGUGGUGAGAGCUCUUCACUAAUUGCUGCUGGUGGCUCUGAUCCUGUCUUGAGGGUAUGGGACCCUCGUAAACCUGGAACUCUAGCUCCAAUUUUUCAGUUCUCCUCCCAUAAAAGCUGGAUCAGUGCUUGCAAAUGGCAUCCAAGUUCGUGGUUUCAUUUGGUCUCAUCUUCAUUUGAUGGGAAAGUAAUGUUGUGGGAUCUAAGGACAGCAUGGCCACUGGCUUCUGUGGAUUCACACAAAGACAAGGUUUUAUGUGUGGACUGGUGGAAAGGGGAUAGCGUGAUCAGUGGUGGAGCUGAUUCCAAGCUGUGUAUAGCAUCAGGGAUUGAAAUAGUGUGAUGAUGAUUUCCCUGAUGUUUUUGGUGCUCGUGCAAUCAAGAAUGUUGUGGUCUUGAGGAUGGCAUAACACCUGCAAAAGCCAAGCCAUGCCAAUUUUGGUUGGUAACAUGUGUAACCUUUGGCAGAUCAAUACGCCAAACAAGUUAGCAGAUGGAGUUUACUCAUACGUUUAUGUAUACGUAAGAUCCAUGCGAGGGAAAACACAUGUUUCUCAUGAAAUUUACCAUUGUUUGUUGGAUGAGAUUCCCUCAGAAAUUAAUAUGAUCUCACAAGCUUCUGAAACUUAUGAAUAUAGUUGAGAUAACUACUCGGUUGUUGCUAAUGGUGUUAACUAUAUCUUGCGUAGAAGCAGUGAUAGAUUUCUAGUUUUCGUAGGCCUUGUUUAACUUAUUGAAAGAACACGUGACCAACAUAGGCUUGAGUAGUUGAGUGAUGGUUUUUGACUAAAGAUCCUCGAAAUAGGGAUAUUAAGCAUGAGUUUAUUUAUGUGAUAUAGCGAAAUAUAGGUCUUAUUGUGUCAGUGUC